AUGUCGUGGUCUUUAAUAAACAGCCUAUGGAAUUACGUGUUUGCACUUUCGAAUCUCAGUCUCUUCGUCUUGUUACCGUUUAGCUACUUCUUCAUCGAAUCGCAGGGUUUUAGUAAGAACAAUAAUGGUAUCAUGCAGCGAGUUUACGAGACGCUAGCAGUAUGUGCGUUGCUCAUUGUUGUUAUUCUAUGUUUGGUUGAUGUCGUGCUGACUUUAAUAUCGUCAUCGCCAUUACAGGUUUCCCUCAUCAGUAUAACAUCCGUGAAUCUGCCACUCAUCUAUUCUUUUGUGUCGUUUGCCGGUGUCAUGUUACUGCUGCUGUCGACUCCGAUUGGAUUUGCGAAAAUGUUCAGCAUUGUUGGUGAAAUGACAAUGAAUUCGAUAUCAAUCCCCGACCAGGACGACAUAGUUGUGGAUCGUUUGGAGAAAUACUGUGAAGCUAGAAAGGCCGGAAGAUACGGGACGAAUAAUAAUAUCCACAAAAGCAGCUUUGAAUCUGUGUCAUCGUUCUACUCACCAGCAUCUCAUGGCUAUUUGCCAGUGCGCAUGCGAUCGUUCCGAAUGACACAAAAUGGGUUUGCUGCUAGAAGUGAAUGUGGCGAAUCGUGUCAUCUAUUUUCUUCUUCGAUCUACGACUUCACUCCUGAGUCGGACACUUCAUCAGCAUCGGUUGGAUGGAGCGACACUAGUCAAAACUCGUCCGGAGAAAUGCGAUCGGUGAGCUUUGGACGAGCUGCACGGCCUCAACUUGUCGCCAGCCAGAUAUUGAGUCCGCUUCAUCGGAAGUCGCUAAGACUGUGUCAACAAUUCAUUCGUAUCGUGAAAUAUCCGACCAUUGUGAUCAGCCUGCUUGCGCUCACGGGUAUAUCACUUCUGAUGGUGGUGAUCAAUUCAUUGAAGCUGGUGUUUGGUUUCCGUAGCCUUCCCGUGUACGCACAAUACAUGGAGGUGCAUACGAGGCAUUCACUUGGUAUUGCCGGUGUGAUUAUCGAGAGCAUCACCAUAAUGUAUGUGAUGUCAACUUCCCUGACCGGUCUUUACUCGAUGCCGUUUGUACGAGCUUUACGACCUCAACGUGCUCGGACUUCUCUCACCGUGAUCAUCAUCAAUUGCAGCCUGGUUCUUGUUUUGAGUUCAGCGCUACCAGUGCUGGCAAAUACGCUCGGCAUAACAUCGUUCGAUUUACUCGGUGCAUAUUCGUCGCUGAAAUGGCUGAGCAACUUCAAACUAGUUCUGGCGUACAAUGUUCUCUUCGCCGCGGCGACUAUUGUGUGUGUCUUCUCACAGAUCACCAGCCCUGUGAGGAAGCAGAUAUUCAAGAGACUGCAACAACUGCGAUGUCGAGGAGUAAUAGACGAUGAUUUAUCGGAGAAAAUCGAGUAG